AUGCCAGGCAUCGUUAUGGAGCAGAACAACAUUGGUGGACGGGGGCCGGACUUGCGGGAUCAAAUGAAUGGCAUCUCAUCUACAUCACUGAAUACUGGCCAGCCUGAACAUACUGCGGAGGCACCAAAUGGGCUGCUGUAUACCAACGGUAUCCGAGCUAACAAUGCAGAUCAGAACGAUGGGGCCAGUCGUUCGAAAAUAUUCUCAUCCGCCGCCAGAGAGCCCCCCGAGUUAGAGCACAUUACUCAAGGCUUCUUUCCCUUCUCGAAAUUAGUCAACCGCGCCGUACAACAAUGCUGGAAUGACCUAUCAGAAAUGGUCGCUGAGCUCGCAGAAAUUCAGAUAUCGUCUCAAGAACCCAUUAAUUCACUACUAUCUACCAGUGGGAAACCUCCCGGGAACCAAUCUCCAGAAAAUGUGCGAAAAAAGCUGCGCGCGUUGGAGUUUGCACAGAAUAAACGCGGUGACUUUAUCAAGCUCCUUGUGCUCUCACAAUGGAGCCGACAAGCCGCCGACGUCAGUAAAUUGAUCGAUAUCCAGAACUUCAUCCGUGCGCAACACCAAGCUUAUGCUGGUGCUUUACAAUGGAUGGGGGAUAUGAAGAGGGACCUUGUUCGAGCACAAGUCGCGAAUCCUGAUCUCAGAACAGCUCUGGAGGUGUUGUCAAAGGGUGAAAUAGUCUCUAUGCCAGACCUUGGCUACGGAACGCCGAAGCCUCUAACACCAAAGACCACUUUGAGAAAGCUGCGAAAGAUUAACAGGAUCAUUAGCGCAAGGUUGGCAUUGCAUGAGAACAUUCCUCUCCCUUUUCAGCAGUAUCGAGUCCAUGAUGGCCGGGUGACAUUCGUCGUACCUGGAGAAUUUGAGCUUGAUCUCUCUAUAGGGGAGGAAGACGUCAUAUCUCAAUUCUUCUUCGUCGAUAUUCGCUUGCUUUUUAAGCCCUCAUCUUCGAUUCCGGCCAACCGAAUGUUUAGCGAGUUAGAUCUCAAAAUCAACAACACGCUCAGAAACAGCGGAUUGAUCGGGUGCUUCGACUGGCUGCAUAGCCUAGUUCUAACGAAUAAAAUCAAUAUACUCACUAAGCAGGCUGCAGACUUGGCGAGGGGGCUCUGGUCGAAUGUUUUGCGUAUCGAGCUUUUGCAUCGAACGUUGGUUCUCCAGUACUGGGCCUCUAAGCCGGGCUCAAAAAGCUGGUUAGAAAUCGGCAUUCAGCGCCGCGGCCGAAUAGGGAGUACCAAUGGCCAACAGUCGCCUUCUCUGGGCUUACGCUGGAUGAGGGAUGGACAAGAAAUCCCCUCGGGAGAUAUCGAGUUUGAUAAAAACAACCUCUCGGCCGAACGUCUCCUUCGAAGUGUCAUUUCUCUACAUAUUUCUCAUAUUCUCUCCUCGGUCUUCGCGAAUAUCAGCGGGAAGGAGCUCUACUCGAGUGGUACAUUGUCCUUGCGUGCUCAUUUAAGCAAGACUGAGCCUGGUGACUGCCAGCUUAAUGUUCAACUUACAGCAUCCCGGCGCCUUCGAGUUGCGAUUGAGCCAAUGUCAGGGGCGAUCAUCUUAGCUGCUACGCCAAAUACACUAGAGCGAAUUGAUACUGAUCGCAAUGUUGACCGACCGACUAUUGAUGAUAUUGUCGCUCGUGUCGGACGGCUUCGCUGUGCUGCUGCAAUCGAGGAAGUCGAGUCGAAAGUCAAGAUGCUUGGCUUUGAAUCUCUCAGCCCGAAGAAAGUCAAAGUUGAUCCCCGAAGGAUAUUCUCGGCCAGUGUUUUACGGUUCUCGUUUUUUGGGCAUCGCCUUUGGGAGCGUGACUGGGUGCUCGCCGCAACAAGUAGUAUGGAUGGCGACAACUGGUGGGUCGUUCAAGCUACUACGCAGGUUGACCCCAUUGGCAGUACUGCACAGGCUAUUUGCAGCGCCCUAUUGCCCUUGCGGGACACGGGCUAUUCGUCACUAGCCGACCUUGGCCAUUGCCUAUCAGGCACCCUGGCGAUAUAUGCCAUUGCUCGUUUCUUGGAAAGCCUACAGGUUGUGAGGUUCUUUCCGCCUUUAGAGAAGCUCAAGUUUGGUUCAAGCCUUCAGGUGCCAGAUCUUAUGAUUCGAUAUGAAGCAUCCGAAUUGCCAGAAGCACUUCAAAUGGCUGUGCCCUCCGGUUUCAGAAAGAAAACGUUCAUCAAAAACACGGUCCGAUUGUCUUUCCAUGGAGUGGAUCGGCACAGCGAUGCGUCGAUGAUGGUUGUGUAUGGCAAUCUAUGUACCCCAUCCCGGAGCUUCAGCGCCUUGAUCCCGAAAGAUGAUCUGUCGCUGGCCUUCCCAAAAGCGGGUACAGGCUUUGCACUUCGUCUGCUUGCAUCGCCCGGUUAUCCCAUCAUUCUCACUCUUCUCGAACGCCUACAGAGGUUGGAGUGCGUGCUAUCCAUCUACGAGACUCUUCAACGCAAAAGGAUAGAGACUCGUUCUUUAUCACUGUCACGCGUUGAUUUUACGUAUGGGCCGAACAGAGAUCUUUCUGCUCGCCUUGACAUUAGCACAUCCGGACCUUUGCCUUCCACAGAACUUGACCCAGUUAGAAUCGCUUCUAAGACGAAUCGCUUGUUCCAACUUCGCCUGGGCAUACAGUUUAAUCACCUCAAUCCUCAUCGCAGGAUACAGGGUCCCCUAGCGUCCAAUCUGAAUCGCCCCAGCGCCGAUGCAGGCCUGGACACGAUGGUAGAACUACUGUCCUUCACGCUGCCGCUGAUGCGGGCCCUUGACAAAAUCAUGGCUAAUCCCACGAAGAAUGAGCCAUUGAAGUUGCACGUCAUUGUGCGCACUGCAAAGUCUUUUCAACUCCACUACCCACUUGAAGAUUGCCGAUUUCAACUAAUAGCCCAUCAACACCAAAGCCGACCGGUAUGGGUUUUUAAGGAUAUUUCUACUGCUCAAAAUACAGCUGGUGGAAACUCAACCAGCCAGAAGCUGCAAGAUAGUCUGUAUAAUUCCAAAGGCGACGGUUGGAGGGGACUGGGCAACGGCAUCGUGGCAGAACCUGAUCGUGUUGGCAACCUUCUAGAAGACCUCGAUAAAUGCCUCGCUCUUAUUAGGGCUGAUCUGGCAUUGAAAUCUUCAGAUACGAAACCUUCCCAUGAGGCUCCUCCAGCGACGAACGACCAGCCCCACAUCAAAGCACAACAACCCAAGCAAGCAGAGGCAAACCAGGGGCCUGGCAAUAGAAACGCACCACAAAAAUCGGAUAUCAUCAUGAUUGAUUAG